UUUUCCACGUGCACAGGGACGCACUGGAGCAUAAAGGGCACAGCACUGCCCCGUGGAGGCAGAAAAGCAGCGCGCCAUGAGGUUCCUUGUUCUCCUGCUGCCUUCACUGCUCCCGCUGACGGGAUCUGCACCCUCAUCUCAUAACACCAUACAAUGCCCUCUCGGAUUUCACGAUAUUUACGGCCACUGCGUCCAGUUCCGCACGCAGUCUGCCACGUGGCAAGAGAUGUACAACGAGUGCUUUAACGUCGGCGCCGACAUGGUCAAGCUCGAUGACGCAAACUUCAUGUACUACCUCGUCAAGUUCAUCAAAGAAAAUGGACUGGAUGGCCACCAUUACUGGAUCGGCGCCAGAGACAUUGAACAAGAAGGCGUCUUCAGAUGGACGGACGGGACGGAGGUCAAGAUGGGGACGCCGUUCUGGGGCGACAACGGAGACCAGGUGCAAGAACCCGACGGCGGAACCAGCCAGAACUGCGGAUUCUUGGCGAAUGAUGAUCAUUUCUUUAUGAUGGAUGCACCGUGUGUAGUUCAAAAUGGUCCGUUAUCUGUGAGAUAUACUGAUGAAGGUCAUGUCAAAAACCUGUUGAUCCGUAAAAAUCUAAAAGUAGAUAUUACUCAUUUUAGCAACAAAUGUGUUUAGAGGCUGCAUCGCUCUUAACCACAGUACCCUUCUUUGAUUAAUCCCUUGGGUGAAGUUACCCGAACGCUCCUUUAAAAAUAAGGACGAAAAACGGAGAUAAUAGGAUAUUUAUUUUGGGACAGUCCUUAUGAUUCAUACACCUCAGCAUCCGGGUCCACACCUUCGGCAGGUGCUUUGGCCAAAAGAGAAAGGGACACCACUCAGCUUUUCCCUUCGGUAUCGUCCUCAGCCCACUCCCUGCCUCGAUGGACGUGCCUCGGUAGAGAAUAGAAUAAUUUGUUGAUACGUUGUUUUUUGUGUUGACCUUCAAAAAAUUUCCCCAGCCAUUCCUUCUGUGUGGACUCUCUAAAAAAUGAACAGUGAAAGUAUUGUUCCAUAUCCUAAAAAGCCUUCUUCUAUCAUAUACAAAAAAUCCAUACUAUCAGGAAAAAAUAAAAGUACCCAAAGAAAUCUA